ACACACACACACACACAAACACACCCUUUUCCUGCUGUUUGGGUAAAACUCAGCCACAGUUUCUUCACUGGGCAUCAGCAGCAGACACCAGCCUUGGAUGAGCAACCCUCUGUCUGUGCAAAGGGAAGAAAGGCAGGAAGGCACGCAGGGAAAAGGCUACUUCAAGCCACCAAGGAAGGAUGUGGGCUUAUACUGUUGGUUUUACUGUCCUGCCUCAUGUGGGAGGUUUGCUUGGCUGGUUCAUGAGUCGAAAAGGAAUACCAGUUUGGUAUGAGAAACUGAAAAAGCCUUCCUGGUGUCCUCCCCUGAAAGUAUUGCCUGUUGCCUGGACCGUCCUGUACACCGGCAUGGGCUAUGCCUCCUACCUCAUAUGGAAUGACCUGGGUGGCUGCAACAGCAAAGCGGUCCUCCCGCUUGGCCUCUACGGGGCUCAGCUGGCCUUGAACUGGGCUUGGCCUCACUUAUUCUUUAGGGCACAUAACCUGAAGAUGGCACUGGUUGACAUCCUCUGCUUGGACGUGCUGACCAUAGGCACCAUGUGCUCCUGGUACCGCAUCAACAAGGUGGCGGCGCUGCUGCUGGUGCCGUAUCUGGGCUGGCUGGCCAUGGCCACCUGCCUCAGCAUCCGCAUCUGGAAGGACAACCCCGAGCAGAAAUCAGGGAAGAGCGAAUAAGAGCAGGACAGAAAUGAAGGCAUUUGGGUGAACUACACUAUGCUGAUGUGAACCAAGAUCUAAUCAUCUGGGGGGGGGUCAUUCUGGGACAGGCAUCGGAACGUGCCUCCUCCUCCUCUCAACUUCACUGCAGCUGUGUCGAAGGGUUUGCACUAUGCACCCAUGUGCUCAUUUGAAGUAAUUGUGCAUUCUUAACCUGGGAACAGCACUGCUGAGGUCUGAGUGACCUCAACGUUAUCAGGUCAGAUGCCAGUAGCCAAAUUAGGAUCUCACGAUUCCAGCAUAACCCAGGGCAGCACCUGAACACCCCUUGUAACCCCCCAGAGCAGAACUUGUUCACACACGUGGUAAAUCCCAUCUCCUCUACUGGGACCAAACAAAACUGCCCUUCCCUGCUGCACACUGACCUUUAAGGAACUUAAUUGUUUUUUUUGCUGUUUGUGCUGUUGCUUCAUUUCCACGUAUCUCCACGUUUGUGCCUUAUACCAUUAACUUUUUACCUGUCAGCAAGCAGUAAUCUGCCUUGUUCUGCUGGUGAAAGGAGACUGGGCACUUCGGCUUCUAUUUGUGAAGUAUCGCACUCCUUAAGUUUCAUGCUUCAAGAUAGAGCAGCAAUGAUUAGAAUGCAAAUGCUUCUCCCGAGAGGAAUCUUCUCUCUUCCACCUCCUUGUGCUACCUCUCACCACCAAAGAAAAGCCACCAUCAGUGCCUUUGAAAAAGGCACUUAAAACGUUGGUUUGGGUUUUUUUUUUAAGUGCAGAAACACAAAAGCCUUUGUAAAAUUUAAGAUCUUGCUCACACUGCCUUGAAGGUUGUAAUUCCAUGACUGGCGAACAGCCCCACACCAAGUCUGUCAGGAGCAGAAUAGGUUCCUCAUCCCAGAAUCUGCCCAUUCCUGAAUAUUAUUAAUCAAGAAAGGUUUAAAUACAUUUAAAGGUUUAAAUCAUUCCAGAGCAAUGGGACCAAGCCACAACAGAACCAAACACAAGAGGUGCGUGGACUGGCUCUUGUCCGUCCUUUAUUCUAGCCAUUGGCUUUGAUAGAUCUGAGCCUUAGAUGUUGCUGUCUACAGAGACUAUUUACUAUUAGUUUCUAAUUGAUAGAAGCAAUCAGAAUAGAAGUGAAUAGCAAUUAGAUAGAAGUGAAGAAAGGUGGUGAGUGGGUUUUCUUUCUGGCAGCUGACUGUAGAUUAGGGUGCUUGGGUAAACUUGCAAUGGGGGGAGGAGGGCUUAGCUGGGAAUGUAAAAUAACUCUAUUUGCUUUUAAUAAAACCAAGCCACUUCUGUUUGGAGAAUAAAUAAA